CUCUCAUAAUUUUAAAUAUGGAAAAACAAGAAUCCACGGCUGGCAUGAAGGCCUCCAACUUCGUCCUCGAAAACAAAGGCAAACUCAAAGAGUUCUACAAAAUCGGAAAACUGAUUGGGUCGGGAGCUUUCGGAGACGUCAGGAUCUGACUGCAUAAGGAGUCCAACUCUCAGCGAGCAGUCAAGAUUCUGUACAAAGCCAACAUGACUGAAGAAGACGAGAAAAUGCUUCUCAAUGAAAUCGACAUUCUGAAAGACCUCGACCACCCGAACAUCGUCAAGAUGUAUGAGUUCUUCCAAGAUGAAAAGCGCUACUACAUCAUUACAGAAAUUUGCAAGGGAGGAGAACUCUUCGAUGAAAUCAUUGACAAAGGACACUUCUCCGAGCAAGACGCCUCUGUAAUCAUGAAGCAACUACUUUCGUGUCUGAACUACUGCCACUCCAGAAACAUUGUGCACAGAGACAUCAAGCCAGAAAACAUUUUGAUGGAGUCCAACAAAGACUUCAACCAGAUCAAAGUGAUUGACUUUGGAAUUUCAGUCGUUAAGGAGCCCGACCAGAUGAUCAACGAAAGCAUCGGAACUCCGUACUACAUCGCUCCAGAAGUCUGGCUCAAGAACUACGACGAGAAGUGAGAUGUGUGGAGUGCAGGUGUCAUCAUGUACAUUUUGUUGUCAGGGACACCUCCAUUCAACGCUGCAUCGGACGCAGAAAUGAAGACCAAGAUCUUAGAAGGAACAUUCUCCAUGGAAGGCAAAGUUUGGGACGAAGUCUCUGAUGAUGCCAAAGACCUCAUCACCCAGCUGCUUACACUUGAGACUGACAAAAGGAUUUCUGCUGGAGACGCUUUGUCACACCCCUGGAUUGCAGAGCAUUGAGACCCCGAGUUCGACUCCAAGCUGGCUAAGAAUGCGCUGUUCAACCUGUCAAAGUUCAGGGCAGAAGAGAAAAUCAAGCAGGCCACCAUCGCCUACAUCGCCAGUCAGUUGUUGUCGAAGAAAGAGAAGGAGAGCCUCUCAUCAGUGUUCAAGGCCUUCGACACCAACGGUGACGGCAUGUUGUCCAAAGAAGAAAUCAAAAACGGAUACGAGAAAGUCUUCGGCUACUCCAUCAACGAAGAACAAAUCACAGCGAUGUUCAAGGCAGUCGACCUAGACGGAAGCGGGUACCUUGAUUAUUCAGAGUUCGUGGUGGCCACGAUGAACGAGAAGAACCUGUUCUCCGAGAAGAAGCUCAAGGCUGCCUUCAAAAUGUUUGACAAAGACGACAGCGGCUACAUUUCAGGAGACGAAGUCAAGGAGUCGCUGAUCAGGAUCCAGAAAUUUUCAGACGAUGAGAUCAACGAAAUCAUUGGACAAGUAGACGAAAACGGGGACGGGGAAAUAUCGUUUGAGGAAUUCAAAAUUAUCAUGACCAAAAUGAACGAGUAGGAGCAUAUGUUCAUCCAUAACCUUCUAUAUUCAAAGCAGGCCUUUCUUAUAAAAGAUUGAUUAUGAGUAGUAAUUAUCCAUUU